CGAUUCAAACUGAAGAAAUUUCAAUUUUGAGUUUUGAAUUUCAAAUUCAGAAUCAUUUUAACUUCACCGAUUUUCAAAUUCAAAAUUUGAAUAGAUAUUCCGAUUGACAUCUUUGAAUUAUUUCAAAUUUUACAAAUUUCUGGUAACAAUCACACAUUUUUUGAGAUAUAUUUCAAUCGAUCUGCAAAAAUCACAUAAUCACGAUCGGGCUUCCCUGAUAUUUUUGAUCACUACUUCAACUCUACUUCCAAUCGGUGUUUGUCAUUGCUUCCAAUUGGGGGGAUUGGUUAUAUCUGCUUCGCUGAUACACACUCACACAGGCAUUAGGUUGAACAGAAGGAAUACUAUUUGUCGGCAGUUUCCCCUACCCUUGCUGUUGAGAAUCAUGAUUUCAACCUCUUCUGCUGAUUAGGUGAAACCUGUGGAGUACAUGAAGAUGAUCUCUUCAUUGAAACCAGAAUUGUGGACAGAUGGAGCUCUUUUUGGAUCCACUGUUAGAGGAUGCAGUACUGAAGAACGUCGACGUUGUGCUCAAGAGGUUUCUAUAUUUACGGUUUUGGGCUUGGAGAUAGUGUUGAUGAACGGGCUACACUUUUGCAUGCUGUUACGAGGAGGUAUUGCAAGAUACAAGUGUUUGAACAUGUAUAUUUACCAUCUUACCCUUGGAGGCUUUGCGCUUGUCUUCCCACUUGAUGGAAAGUGUAAACAUUUGUCUGACCUCGGGCUAAGUGCUAUGGCUAGUGAUGGCACAAAGAUAAAUCUAAAAGCAACCAUUUAUAGGAAAGAUGCAUCACGAAUUGUUGAUGGGUGCAUCUGCUACACCUGCCAGAACCAUACCAAAGCAUACAUCAAUCAUUUGCUUAAUGUCCAUGAGAUGUUGGCUCAUAUUCUUCUUGAAAUUCAUAAUACACAUCACUAUUUGUCCUUCUUUGGGGUUAUUAGAGAAGCAAUUACAGAAGGGAGAUUUGAAGAGUUAUGGCAGAAUUUGUUUGAGAAGAGGCGUGAUCAUCUUUUGGCAGCUUCACUGAGCGCUUAUGAAUUAGAAACUCCGGUAAGGUUAAGGGCCUAGUGAUCUUUGGAAAAUGGAAAUGUUUGUUUUGUAGCUGACGAGAUCAAGAUUACUGUUAAUGGAUGGACUUGAAAUAUAGAAAUUUUGGAUGAGUUUGUUAGUUGACUUAAAAGAUAAAAUUUUGGAUUAAACAUACACAUAGUUUAGUAAUUAAUUGUUAUAUUUAACUAAAGUUGUAUUUUUACUAAAUGACUUCAACAAAUACUUCAUAAGUGUCAACAUGAAUUAGUAAAUGGGUCGAAAUGAGAUGUUGAGCCUUGAGGUGA